AUGGCGUAUAAAGAGGAGCCACCGAAAAUCGCAUCAGACGGGGUGGAGGUGCGGUUCGAGGUGGAGAAAAAAACCAAUCACGGGGAGGAGGUUUUCGUCUGCGGUGGUACUGACGCACUUGGGAAUUGGGAUGUCCGGCACGCACGUCCGCUCUGCUGUGAAACGACAUAUCCCUAUUGGAGGGCUGUAAUCCAUUUUGAUUCUGCUGAAGCCGGGAAGACCAUCGCCUACAAGUAUUUGGUGCAAAGCUCAUCACAGGAGCCAAAGUGGGAAGAUAGUCCUAACCGGAGUCUCCAUCUUUUGGAACUCCCGCGCUACCGGCUCCAGCGGCUUGGAACCUAUCUUUCCCCGGGAGAGGAGGGACCAGAACAAGAUAAGACAGAAGAGGAGGACAAGGCGGGGAUUGCAGUGCCAGGGUCCUUUUUUUGGCAUUGCUGGCAAGGCUGCUUCACAGAGUUGGGUCAACAAGAGCUUCAUCGACUUUGA